AUGUCCGAUAAGAAGGAUUUAUGUUUGCUCGCAUUACCCAUCGAAGUUAUCUUUCAUAUUCUUGACGAACUCGACGAGUUUACAAUCAUAUUUUACGUUCGAGAUGUUUGCACACAACUCAAAACAAUUACCGACACCUACUAUGAAUAUCAGUCAUUUACAGAAUUGGCUAUUGAAGAUAGAAAUUUAGAUGAAGAAAAGAUGCAAUUUUUGGCUCAGUCAUUAAAAGAUAAUACAUUAGUGAAAACAUUAAUUCUUGCAUGGAACCGAUUUUAUGGAGUGGGUAUACAAUAUCUCACUGAUGCAAUAAAAAUAAAUCGAACACUUACUACGCUAGAUUUUCGAUCAAAUGCCAUAGGUGACCAUGAGGCGCAAAGUAUAGGAAAUAUAUUACUAGUGAAUACUACAUUGAUGACAUUGCAUCUUCAUACCAAUGAAAUGUCCAAUCGAGGUAUACACUAUCUCGCAAAUGCAUUAGAACAUAAUACUACACUCACAACACUCUCUUUAUAUAAUAAUAAAAUCAAUAUUCAAAGUUCAACUUACCUAGCCAAUGUAUUACAAAAUAAUACCACAAUCACUAUGUUGUAUCUGUGUAAUAACAAACUUGGUGCUCAAGAGACAAAACAUUUAGCUGAUGGAUUAAAAACCAAUAGAACAGUCCAAGAACUGCAUAUAGUAGACAAUGAAAUCAAUAAUCUUGGAACAAAAUAUCUUGCUGAUGCAUUAGAAAAUAAUUCGACAUUGACAAUAUUAGAUCUUGAAAAUAACAGUAUCAGAGAUGAAGGAAUACAAUACUUGGCUAAAAUAUUUAAAAAUAAUACUACGCUUACAACUCUGGAUCUUGGCAAUAAUACGAUUGGUUUCAAUGGAAUAAAAUAUUUAACUGACUCACUACAAGAGGAUACAGCACUAUCAAUAUUAAAUCUAUACAAUAAUUAUAUUGGUUCGACAGGAGCACGCUACUUGGCUAAAAUACUACGAAUCAAUAAAGUAAAACUCACCGUAUUACAUCUUGGUUCAAAUCGCAUUGGCAUUGAAGGAAUAAGUGAUUUAGCUAUUGCAAUAGGAAACAAUACCACACUUACAAGUUUAAAUCUUGAGAGAAAUCAACAUCUGAGCGAAGGAGCCAAAUAUCUAGCUGAUGCUUUAAAAACUAACACAACACUUGUAACAUUACAUCUGGGAGAAAACAACAUCGGUGAUGCAGGAAUAGAAUGUUUGGCUCAGGCAUUAAAAAUAAAUAAUACGCUUACGACGCUUACUCUUGAUCACAAUAGAAUUCAAUUUCAAGGAGCUUUCGAUUUUGCGAAUGCUUUACAAAAUAAUAAAACACUCAAGUCAUUAGAUCUUGACUAUAAAGAAAUGGUUGCUGAAGAAGCACAAUAUUUUGCUAGGACAUCUCGGAAGAUAAAAGUAUGA